AUGGCCGCGGUAGUCUCCGAGCGCCUCGUCCUCCUCCUCCUGGCCGUCGCCUCCCUGUCCCUCCUCGCGCCGCCGGCCGCCGCGCAGACCCCGUGGCAGGUCUGCGGGAACAGCGGCAACUACACGGCCAACAGCACGUACCAGCGCAACCUCGCGCGCCUCGCCGCGGCGCUCCCCAGGAACGCCUCCGCGUCGCCGGCGCUCUUCGCCAAGGGCAGCGUGGGGUCCGUCCCGGACAUCGCCUACGCGCUUGCGCUCUGCCGCGGGGACGGCGCCAACGCCACGGCCUGCUCCGCCUGCGUCGCCACGGCGUUCCAGGACGCGCAGCAGCUCUGCGCCUUCGGCAAGGACGCCACCGUCUACUACGACGCCUGCUACCUCCGCUUCUCCAACAGGAACUUCCUCGACGACACCGCCAGCAACAACAACGAGCUCAUCCUCAUGAACACGCAGAACGUGAGCUCGCCGGUCGAGGCGUUCGACGCGGCCGUCCGCGUGCUCCUCAACGCCACGGGCGACUACGCGGCGGCGAACUCCACCAGGCUGUUCGCCACGGGGGAGGAGGCGUUCGAUGCCGCCAACCCCACCAUCUACGGCCUCGCGCAGUGCACGCCGGACAUGUCGCCGGCCGAUUGCCGGAGCUGCCUUGGGGAUGUUUUUGGAUUCAUACCGCAGUACCUCAGCGGGAGGCAGGGCGGCAGAGUUCUCGGGGUCCGCUGCAAUUUCAGGUACGAGGUUUAUCCUUUCUUCACCGGCGGCCCGUCGCUGCGGCUGUCGGCACCGUCGUCGCCGCCGCCGGCGCUGCCUCCUGCGCCAGUUAACGUGACGCCGGCGGCAACCCCUCCAGGAAGAAGCAAAAACAAAACGGGAAUUGCAGUAGCAAUCGCAUUGCCAAUAGUUGCUGCGGUGCUAGCUAUCAGUACGGUUUGUUUCUGUUUCCUGUGGAGGAGAGGACCAGCAGAAGAGCAGGCACCAUCUUAUUCAACUAAUGCUGGGGAUAUCGAAAGCAUCGAUUCACUUCUUCUCGACAUAUCAACUUUACGCUCUGCGACUGAUAACUUUGCUGAGGGCAAUAGGCUUGGUGAAGGAGGUUUUGGUGCUGUCUAUAAGGGUGUCGUUCCUGAUGGCCAAGAAAUUGCAGUGAAGAGGCUCUCACAGAGUUCAGGCCAAGGAAUACAAGAGCUGAAAAAUGAGCUUGUUCUGGUUGCCAAGCUUCAACACAAGAAUCUUGUUAGGCUUGUUGGUGUUUGCUUGCAAGAACAUGAGAAACUGCUUGUGUAUGAAUACAUGCCCAAUAGAAGCAUCGACACCAUUCUUUUCGAUCCUGAGAAAAGCAAGGAGCUAGACUGGGGAAAGAGAGUCAAGAUAAUAAAUGGAGUUGCUCGAGGAUUACAAUAUCUACAUGAAGAUUCUCAGUUGAAGAUCAUUCACCGAGAUCUGAAAGCAAGCAAUGUCCUUUUAGACUUUGAUUAUACUCCUAAAAUUUCGGAUUUUGGUUUGGCUAGACUAUUUGGUGGAGACCAAUCACGGGAAGUCACAAAUCGUGUUGUCGGGACAUAUGGGUAUAUGGCACCAGAAUAUGCCAUGCGUGGACAUUAUUCUAUAAAGUCAGAUGUCUUCAGCUUCGGUGUCUUGAUUCUAGAAAUUUUAACCGGAAGAAGAAGCAGCGGCUCCUUCAACAUCGAGCAAUCUGUUGAUCUCUUAAGUCUUGUUUGGGAGCACUGGACCAUGGGAACAAUAGUAGAGAUCAUGGAUCCAUCACUGAGAGGCAAAGCUCCUGCAGAACAAAUGCUGAAGUGUGUCCACAUCGGGCUACUAUGUCUUCAGGAUAACCCGGUUGACAGACCGAUGAUGUCGACAGUAAACGUCAUGCUCAGCAGCGGCACUGUCUCUCUCCAGGCUCCAUUGAAGCCAGUAUUUUUCAUUCCCAAGAGCGGUUACUACUCAACUGUUUAUUCAGAAUCAUAUCCGACAGGCUCCCAGUCCACCGGCAACGUUGUAUCAGGGGCGAUGUCACCGAAUGAAGUGUCAAUUACAGAACUGGAACCAAGAUGAGCCAUGACGCAACAUGUUGCCAGAGUGAUUGGAUUAUUACUGUAUGAAUAAACUUAACAUAGGGCAAUGUCGUAGCGUCUGUACUACUAAGUUUUCAGUUGUAUGGCUCUACUGGCCCCUCCCAUUAUAGAUCUUCUUUCAAUGGGCAAAUCCGAGUUACUGC